AUGUUCGCUAGAGGAAUUCGCGCUGUCUCGCGGCGAGCUGCUGUCGCUGCCCCCCUCGCCCGUCCUACCAUCCUCCCUGCCCGCCAGAUCUCUCCCGCCGUCGCCGUCAACGCUACCCGCUCCUACCACGAGAAGGUCCUCGACCACUACUCACGACCCCGAAAUGUCGGCUCCAUGAACAAGAAGGACAGUGAUGUCGGAACCGGUCUCGUCGGCGCCCCUGCCUGCGGCGAUGUCAUGAAGCUCCAGAUCCGCGUCGACCCUGAAACCCAGAAGAUCUCCGAGGUCAAGUUCAAGACAUUCGGAUGCGGUUCCGCCAUCGCCUCCAGCAGCUAUCUCACCGAGCUCGUGCGUGGCAUGAGCCUGGAUGAUGCCGGCAAGGUCAAGAACACUGAGAUUGCUAAGGAGCUCUGCUUACCCCCCGUCAAGCUGCACUGCUCCAUGCUUGCUGAGGAUGCUAUCAAGUCUGCCAUCUCAGAUUACUACACCAAGAACCCCAACGCCAAGGUCAGCAACCUCAGCGGUACCGGCAUGAAGCUCCCCGAGGCCGACGCCGCUGCUGCUUAA